UGAUUCUUCGGACGAUAAGGAAAUUCUGAGAAAUUUUGAUGCGGAAGCUAAUCUGAUAAUAUUAACUGAUACGAUGCCGAAGAAGUCUGCAGAGAAAUACCUAACAAAUCAUGAGGCCUAUAAAAAAUGGCUACAAGAACACAGACAUUCUUUAUCUAAUUCUGACGAAAAUUACCUAAUUGUAUACUUUAAAGAAUUAAGUAAGAGGUUACAACCGUCGACUAUAUGGUCUCCAUGGUCCAUGUUAAAAAAAACAUUAAAUACUAAUGAUAAUAUCGAUAUUGGAAAAUUUCAAAAUUUAAAGUCUGGUUAAAAAUAAUUCUGAAGGUUUUAGGCCUAAAAAAUCUUUAGUGUUGAAAUGAAAUGAUGUUAUAAAAUUUAUCGAUGAUGCAUCAGACGUAACACAUUUGGAUCAAAAGGUUAUCUUGAUAUUUAAUAUUUUUGGGGCCCUCCGAUGUCAAGAAAUCUAUAACCUUAAAAGACAAGACGUAGAAGAUCUUGGGAACCGGUAUCUUGUUUCUGUUAACAAUACCAAAAAUGAUGUGCCUCGGCAGUCUAUAAUUGGCGAAUUUUUUUACGAAAGAGUCAAAAAAUACAUAUCAAUGAGACCGAAGGAACCAUUUUCUGAUAAUUUCUUCGUACAGUAUCGCAGAGGAAAAUGUGUUCACCAAAAUAUUGGAAGAAACACCAUUGGGACAACACCUCAAAAUAUUGCGUUAUUUCUAAAUUUACUCGAUCCAAAACGUUAUACUGGCCAUUGUUUCCGAAGGACUGCUGCCACAUUAUUGUCUGACUCAGGUGCCAAUACAACUAUGCUUAAACAACUAGGUGGUUGGAAAUCAACAGCUAUAGCCCAAGGCUAUGUUGAGAAUUCAUUAAAAACUAGGGAAAGAAUUUUUGAUAGAAUUACUGGUACAGUUGGUCCCGAAGUUAAUAAUAAUGGAAAACCAUCAACUAGCUCAAGCAACUCGACAAUGACAAAUCAUGGAAACUUACGAUAUGCUGAACUGCUGACCAAGGUUUUGGAGAUGAUUUUAUAUUUGAUGCUGAAGACUUAGUUAAUAUUGAUAAUUUAAAUAUACCCGAAAAAACUAUAUCACCACUGCCAUCAACAACAAUAAUGACAGCACGAACACCAACAACUGCGUUUACAACACAUGCUCGAAGAUCACCAUUAGUAACUCAGCCUACACACUUUACUACGAAAUCACCCAUCAACAUUUUUUCCAAAGAGCAGAAAAAUGAACCAUCAGC